AUGGCGGAGUUCUGCGAGCUCUCGUCGCCAGCCGCCCUCUACCCCAUCCAGUUCUGUGGGAGGAGCGGGGCAGCAAGGGAGGGGCGCGGGCGCCGGAGUGUGCAGUGCGCGGAGCUGCCCCGCAUCCGCACGGCCGUGGGGUCUCAGGCCGGCACCUUCUUCGCAAUGGUGGCCGACGCCGUGGGGAGGGACGCCGAGGUCGACAUCGACGCCAUGGUGUCGUGCUGCUUGUGCAUCAAAGGCUACGCCACCAGCAUCGAUCUCAACACGCUGCGCUUCGAGAUGAAGGUCGCCGCGUCGGAGAACCGGCGCUGUCUGGAGGAGAUCCGCGCCAUCGCGGCCGCCGUCGCCGCGGCGCCCGCGGCGAGGCGUCCGAGGCGGCCGCCGCGGCAGGACAGCCCCGCGUGA